AUGACUUGGGGUCUGUGGGGCUUCGCGCUGCUGGGCUGCAGCCUGGCCUCGGCCAGGGGCGUUUAUCGGCUGGACGACGCGGUGGGGCUGGCCUGGGAGUUCGACGGCAUCGGCGCCCUCAGCGGAGGCGGGGCUACUUCCCGGCUUUUGGUGAAUUACCCAGAACCUUAUCGAUCUCAGAUUUUGGAUUAUCUUUUUAAGCCAAAUUUUGCUGCUGCUUUACAAAUCCUCAAAGUAGAGAUUGGCGGAGAUGCACAGACCACAGAUGGGACUGAACCAUCCCACAUGCACUAUGAAGAUGAUGAAAAUUAUUUCCGGGGCUAUGAAUGGUGGCUGAUGAAAGAAGCUAAAAAGAGAAACCCUAAUAUUAAAUUGAUUGGGUUGCCCUGGGCUUUUCCAGGAUGGGUUGGGAGGGGUGAGAACUGGCCCUAUGAUCAUCCGGAUGUCACUGCUUAUUAUAUUGUGUCCUGGAUUGUAGGCGCUAAAAGAUUUCAUGACUUGGACAUUGACUACAUUGGGAUCUGGAAUGAACGGUCUUUUAGCAGCAAAUAUAUCAAGCUUUUAAGAUACACUUUGGAUAAACAAGAGCUGCAGCGGGUGAGGAUCAUAGCCAGCGAUAACCUCUGGGAGCCAAUUUCCUUUUUCAUGCGGGUUGACUCUGAGCUACGUGAUGCAGUCGAUAUCAUUGGGACUCAUUACCCAGGGACAGAAACGGUGUUUAGUGCGUUGCUGACAAAGAAGAAACUCUGGGCUUCAGAAGACUAUAGCACUUUCAAUGAUGAAGUGGGGGCAGGUUGCUGGGCUCGAAUCCUGAACCAAAAUUUCGUGAAUGGGAAAAUGACAUCCACUAUUGCUUGGAAUUUGGUGGCUAGUUACUAUGAAAACUUACCUUUUGACCGGUGUGGUUUAAUGACAGCGCAGGAACCAUGGAGCGGGCAUUACACUGUGAACCCCCCCAUAUGGAUAACAGCACACACUACCCAUUUUACACAACCAGGCUGGUACUACCUGCAAGCCGAUGGACACCUGGAAAAAGGUGGCAGCUACGUUUCUCUGACUGAUAGGCAAGGCAAUCUCACGAUCAUCAUUGAAACCAUGACUCACGACCACUCCAAGUGCAUCAGGCCACCACUACUUCCCUACUUUGUGUCACCACAGAAAGCAACUUUCCACCUCAAAGGAUCCUUUAGCAAGCUGAAAUCUCUUCACAUGUGGUAUUCUAAACUUGGGUUUAAUUCUUCCAACUCCACAUUGUUCCAGUCUCUUGGACCCUUAAACGUUUCCGAAGGCGUGUUGACACUAAAUCUGGGUCUGGAUGAGGUCUAUACUUUGACAACCUUGACAGCAGGCUUUGAGAAGCCUUUCCCGGAUCCUCCUGCAUCCCAGCCAUUUCCUUCCAAUUACAAGGAUGAUUUCAAUAUCCGCAACCCGCCUUUCAGUGAGGCCCCAAACUUUGCCGAUCAAACUGGGGUGUUUGAGUACUUUGUAAACGCUUCCGAUCCAGGGGAGCACGUCUUCACCCUCCGACAGGUGGUGACGCAGAGGCCUAUAACCUGGGUUACCGAAUCAGAGCAUCCCAUCACCAUUAUUGGCAACUAUAGAUGGGUAAACCUAACGAUAACUUGCGACAUUUACAUAGAAUCAAAUGAUGGAGGUGCAUUCAUUGCGGGAAGAGUGAACAGAGGUGGGGUAUACAUCAAAGCUGCUAAAGGCAUUUUCUUCUGGGUAUUUCCUGAUGGUACAUACCGAGUCACAGGUGAUCUCAGUGGGGAAGAGGUCUUGAUGAAAGGACUGUCUGGUGUGCGAGCCAAGGCAUGGCAUACCCUCACUCUGAUUCUUACGGGCACCAAUGCGUCUGGCAUGUUAAAUGGCUAUCCUCUCUGGGCGAACAUCACCGUAACGGAUCCUGGAAAUGGAUGGGCAGCUAUUGGGACGCACACUUAUGAAUUUACACAAUUCGACAACUUUCACGUUCAGGCCAGCUGAGAUGCCCGUCAUACUUGGACAAGCCAAUUCUUGACUCCUUUUAACUUGAGCCAGUUUCAACCCCGUUGCUGUUGUCAUUUUGUAAUUGACAUUGGUACAGAAUUUUCGUUUCGUUUCCCCUACAGCUUUUGUGAACGAAUUCAACUUUCUU